AUGGAUGAUCUUGGCAAGGCGGGUUUCUUUUCCGAUAAAUCCAUUGGAACUGGUGAAAACACACCGCUUAUCGACUCUUACACCUUUGAUUUCGACUCGGCACAUUAUGGGGGUGCACAAUACACCGUCAAUGGCCUACAUGAUAUGUCUACAGGACUAGGCACGUUCGCCGGGACUGGGAUUAGUGCGACCGAGAUGGGCUCUUGCUAUGCACUGGGUGUAAACCCUAGCAACGGAGUGGAAGGCUCCGUUCAUCUACCAAAGUCUCAAGACGAGAAACCGACAAUCCAGGUUUCUGCUGAGAGCGGAGAUCCAGGCUUACCAAGCGCGACCUUUGCACCAAACUCACCUACAUCCCUGGAAUCGGUCAGAAAAAGAGUAGCAGACCUCCAUUGCUUUUUGUUUACGCAGCUUCACUGCGUAACCGAUGAGGAUCUAGCAGAGGCGAUAUUGUCACCCUUCAUAUUACGCGACUCCAUCGAUAAACCAACAGGCCCGCGAGCCAAUAUAAUACAACGUUUGAUUUAUGCCUCCGAAUGCCUGUUGAGUCUCAUCUCGACUUUUUCCUUUUUGUGGAGGGGCUUUGAAGACCCAGAAAACAGCCCGCCGGCGUCUAUAUCGAACCAACAAGGCCCACACUUUGAGUUUUCAAGCAGGAGCCAGCACAAAUCGAGUUCCGUCCUGGCUCAGCAUCUCCUGGGCCAAGCCGGGAAAAGCCUACACUUGGAAAAGUCUGCCAAUUCGACCGGGCGCCAACGCACAGCCUCGGCAUCGGAAACCUCGGCCGUCGGCCUACCGAUCAUAACAACCAUUCUGACAUGUCACGUGGGGAUCCUGUCAAUUUACCGAUCCAUUUUCUCCCGCAUCAACGACGCACUGCACACCUGCGGAUCACCCUCGGGCACCUUCAAGUCGAAACGGGCAAGCCCGCAAAAUAGGGCCAUGACUCCUUCACCUUCGCCCAACAAGAAUUUCUUGCCGCUCAAUCCGCCGUUUGUGCUGGGGCUGCGGGUACAACUCGAGAUCAUGACGCACAUGCUGGACCGGAUGAGAGCCGCAUGGGCCGCGGCUAUGGAAGGCCCGCCGAGCCAUGAGGAUCAGCAUCAACAAGAGGAAAGAAAACAAAACGACAGCCUCUCGCACCAUAGAAAAGCUACGCUGGCGGCGCUGAAGAACAUGCUGACGCUCAACGGUCAUGAGCUUUUGAACCAGGAUGGUGGAACGGGUAUCGGUGCUGUAGGAGACUUGGGUGACAAUGUGAGGAGGUUUUUGCGUAAUUGCGACAAUGGCAUGUACUAG